CAGAGCGCCCGGCUCCAGCCCGGCCCUGUGCGCGCAGGGCCCACCGGCCCCUUUAAGAGCCGCCGCCCGCCCGGGCCCGACGUCAGCGCGGGGACCCUGCCCAGCCUGCGGCGCGGGGCGCAGCCCGACCCGCCUGGGAGCCGGCCUCCCUGAUGCCCGGCCCCCUGUGACGCUCCGGUGCAGCCAUGGCGGGGGCCAAGGGCUGCUACGAAGGGAAGAUAGCCGGCCUGUAUGACCUGGAGCGCACGCUGGGCAAGGGCCACUUCGCCGUGGUCAAGCUGGCGCGGCACGUCUUCACGGGGGAGAAGGUGGCGGUGAAGGUGAUCGACAAGAGCAAGCUGGACGUGAGCGCUGCGGGGCAGCUGCUGCAGGAGGUGCGCUGCAUGAAGCUGGUGCAGCAUCCCAACGUUGUGCGGCUCUACGAGGUCAUCGACACCCACUCCAAGCUCUACCUCAUCCUGGAGCUGGGGGACGGCGGCGACAUGUUCGACCACAUCAUGCGGCAUGACGGCGGGCUGGCCGAGGGGCGCGCCAAGCACUACUUCGCCCAGAUCGUCCACGCCAUCUCCUACUGCCACAAGCUGCACGUGGUGCACCGCGACCUCAAGCCCGAGAACGUGGUCUUCUUCCGGGAGCAGGGCGUGGUCAAGCUCACCGACUUCGGCUUCAGCAACCGCUUCCAGCCCGGCAAGAUGCUCACCACGAGCUGCGGCUCGCUGGCCUACUCAGCACCCGAGAUCCUGCUGGGGGAUGAGUACGACGCCCCAGCCGUAGACGUCUGGAGCCUGGGUGUCAUCCUGUAUAUGCUGGUGUGCGGCCAGCCGCCCUUCCAGGAGGCCAACGACAGCGAGACGCUGACCAUGAUCAUGGACUGCCGCUACACCAUCCCGCCCCAUGUGUCCUCGCAGUGUUCUGAUCUGGUCGGCAGGAUGCUGCAGCGGGACCCCAAGCAGCGGGCCUCCCUAGAGCAGAUUGAGACGCACCCCUGGCUGCAGGGCGUGGACCCCUCCCCAGCCAGCCGCUGCCUGCUGCCCCUGACGUCACACAAGCGGGUGUCCGAGGAGGAACAUGACAUCAUCAUCCAGGCCAUGAUGUGUGGGAACAUAGCGGACCGGGACGCCAUCCAGGAGGCCCUGGAGGCUGAUCGCUACAACCACAUCACGGCCACGUACUUCCUGCUGGCGGAGCGGAUCCUCCGGGAGAAGCAGGAGAAGCAAAGCCACAAGCUCAGCUUGGUCUAUAACCUGGCCCAGCAGGUGCAGAACAGCGCCAACCUGUCGGACCCAUUCAGCACCAUGGGCGACACCCGGGACCUCUCGCCCUUCGCCGAGAUGCCAGAUAGACUGGCAGCUUUCUCCAGCCCCCAGCCCCGGGCUGCCGCAGAGGAUUCUGGGAAAAGAGAUGGCAGACCCAUUUCCUUUUCUGCCCUGGGGGAAGACGACACGCCCCCCGGCCUCCAUGGAAACGAGCAGCUGGUCCGAGCCCUGCUCAGUCCCGCCCUGGCGGACGCCCCCAUGGCCAAGAGCACCCCAGCUCUGCAGCAGAUCUGCGAGGAGGAGGAGGAGGACGAGGAGGAGGAGGGGAAGGCCAGCGCAAUGGGACGGAGAAGCUCUUCGCUAAACCAAGAGCAAAUGCGAGAUUUCCAGAGCUCCAAGGUCUCCCUGUUGUUCUGCCGCGGCGCUGUGACCCACAGCAAGGGGGAGAAGAGCCUUGGAGCCACCAAGCCAGGCCUCUUGGAGCAGGGCCCGGGGAGCAGCUGGCAGCUGCCGCCUCUCAGGGGGGCGCCGAGUCCCAGGAGCGAGCUGGGUCAGCCCCGAGAGGCGACAAGCCACGGUGCAGCGCGGGAGGCCACAGACAACCUCAGCGUGAGCGUUGGGGAGAGCGCCCCCAGCCUCCUCCCUGCAGGGACGCCGGCGGCACAGGGGGACGCAGAGCUCCGGGAGGGUGGGGGAGCGGGUCUGGAGAGGUGCCAGGCUGAAGGCAGCUCGGGGCCAGAGGAGGACACCACCACCACAGAAAUGGAGGAUGGGGGCAGCCUGGGGCAAGUGGGCAAGGCCCUGUAUCCAGGGAGCUGCGAGGGCCCCGUCGCUGGCUCUGCCGGGAGCCUCCAAGCCACUUCACGUGGGACGCCAGUUCCAGAAGACAAGUCCAGGAAACUUGACAGGCCCCCUGAGACAGGCUCCUCCACCAGGCCUGCGUGCCCAGCUGAGAGCCCUCACUGCGGCAGCACCGCCGGCGGCGAAACCACGGCCGACAACGUGAUCAAGUUAGACCCUGCUAAAACCAAGAGCACCCACCUGAAGGACAGGCUCCUGCAGUUCCCGCUGUGCGAGAAGGCUCUGGCCUUCAAGAUCAGGCCCAGCUCCAAGGAGAGCCUGCUGUCCCUGGGGCAGUUCAACUGCUGCCACGUCAUCUAGACGGGGCCUGCACCCUGCGGCCCGGGGCCCGGGCAGGAAAGUGACGGCGCACGGCCCCAGGCCAGGGGCUGCUGGCAGGUGCAGGGCUAAGGAACAACAUUCUCAGUCUCUUGCUCCCACAGAGCCGUGGCCAUGCGCGUGGGCCCUCGGACGGCGAGGGAGCGCACUGGCCGGGUGGGAGCCACCUGGCUGGCCGGUCUCACGGAGAGCGCCCCCCUCGCCCACCCGGGAUGGCUGCCGGUGCUCUGUCUGCUCCCCCCUGCAGCAGCGCAUUGGGCUCCUGCAAAAUUCCUGCCUUCGUGCUGACCCCCGAGCCCCCACAAAGGUAGGUCCGACAUCAGCAGCUGGCAGAGGGCAGCCGCAGGCUGGGAUCCGCACAGGGGCCAAGCUGCUCGGCUGCACGGUCUCCAAGAAGCCCUGUCCUGUCCUAAAGACCAACGUGGUUGCAGCUGCACGGGCCAGCAGCCGUGCUCCUCUGCUUCUGAGCCAGAGUCCGGGAGUCUGACUAGAACGUGGGACCCCAGGAAGCACAGCCACCCAGAUCCCCAAGGGAACGCACCGAGGGCCAGCUGCACUGCUCCUCCCUGGGGCCGGCCUCUGCUGGGGCAGAAUCUGGGCCAGUUACCAAAGGGUUAACAGCGGAAGCCAAUGCUCCUGUUCUGGGGAGGAACCCAGCCUCCCCUCCACUGCAGCCAUGCACCAGAAGCAGCCCAGGGCCAGACUUCAGCUUCCCCCAGGACCCCUUCGCACCUGCUGGCUGAAAGGAUGCAGAGGGGCUGCAAAGCACCCUGGGAAAUGCCUCUCCAGCUGGCCCAAAGCCAUCUCCAGCUGCUGGCGCGGCUCCGGGCUAGGGCAGGGCAGUCCAACACCCUGGAUAGGGCCACGGUGAUUGGGGCACAAGUUAGGGUGAUCCUCAGAGCUGCUCUAACCUGCUCCACUGGCCCCAGCAGCCCCAGGACACAGCCAUAUUCCCCCGGCCUCUGCACCAGGGACUCCAUCACCACCACUCCUCGGGGGCAGCAAGGUCUGCGGGAGAGCCAAAGCCAGCGCAGAGUGCCACAGAGAGCAGCGGGAGCUGUGCCCAUGCCACGCACAGCCUCCUCCCCGGCGCACCGCCGUCUC